AAAUUAGUUAGUGAUAUAUAUAAGUUUCGAUACUUAAUUACACUAAUAACACUAGAAAGAAGUACUAAGCAUUAAUAAUAUUUUUUAACAAUUAUUUUAUAUAAUGUAUACGAAUAUAAAAGAAAAAUUGGACUUAAAAACCAAAACAAAUAGAUGACCAUUAUUAUAUUUUUCCAAAAAAAGAAUAUUUAACAACAAACACAAACAUCUUCCAAAAGUCAAAACUCUUUGAGAUCAAAUCAAGUUCAAGUUUUUAAGCACUAAUCAUUUCCACCAACACAAAAAGCUUAAAUCUUUUCUUCUUUUUCUUUAUAAAAAUUCCAUUUUUUUUCUUUUAAAAAAAUUUCAAUGGGUAACGGAGGAGGAAAGAUCGGACGUUGUUUCGCCGACGCCGGAGAAAUUUCUCUCCGGCACAAUAUCGCCGUCGUUAUCUCAGACCCACUUAACGAAAACCACGGCCAUUCCUUCUGUUACAUCCGACCCGACCCGACUCCUCUCCCACCCUCAAAACCCCAAAACGAAAACAACAACAACAGCCCCAAAACGACAACGUUUCGAUCAAUCUCCGGCGCUUACGUCAGCGCCAACACCUUCACACCUCUCUCAACAUCUCUCAUUGAUUCCUACACAGACAUUUCAGGUAGUAACUUCGAAAGCUCAACUCUUUUCGCUUCGAUCCCUUUACAACCGGUGCCCCGCCUUUCAUUCCAAGGCGGUGCACCGGGUUAUUCGGGCCCGAUCGAGCGCGGUUUCAUGUCGGGCCCGAUCGAACGUGGGUUCACUUCUGGCCCGAUCGAUGAAGAACAAAUUAAAGAAGAAGAAGAUGAUAAUAAAGUUAUGAAAUUUAAGGUUUCGGAAAAACCCGAAAAGCAGAGCUUUAUCAAGAUUCUUAAGAGAGCCAUUUCCGGUGGCUUAGCUCGUGGUCGUGGGAAGAACAACAAAUCCAUUGUUGCUCCGAUUAAAGGAGGAGUUGAUUCUGAUGAGAAGAAGAAGAUUGUUGUUGUUGAAGAGAAGAAUAAUGUAGGUUCGAUUAGUACUAAUUCGAGUUCGAAUAAGGUUGUUGUUGUUGUUGAUGAUGAUGAUGAGGAUGAUAAGGUGAGAAUUAUUGAGAAUGAUCUUCAAUGGGCACAAGGAAAAGCAGGUGAAGAUCGAGUUCAUAUAGUAAUAUCCGAAGAACACGGAUGGGUUUUUGUGGGAAUCUAUGAUGGUUUCAACGGUCCAGAUGCUCCUGAUUAUUUACUCAGUAAUCUCUACCCUAAUGUUCAUAAAGAACUUAAAGGGUUGUUAUGGAAUGAAGAAAAGUUUCAAUCUUUAUCGAAUUCGAAUAAUUCGGAAUUGGACAUGAAAAAACAGGGGAAGAGAUGGAAAGGAGAAUGGAACAGAGAAAGAUUAGAAGUUGAUAAGAAAAUGAAAGAGAAUUUCAAUGGUGGAGAAAAAAAUGUAUUGAAAGCACUUUCAGAGGCUUUGAAAAAGACAGAAGAUUCUUAUUUGGAUAUAGCUGAUAAAAUGGUUAUGGAGAAUCCUGAAUUGGCUUUAAUGGGUUCUUGUGUUUUGGUUAUGUUGAUGAAAGGUGAAGAUGUUUAUUUGAUGAAUGUUGGUGAUAGUAGAGCUGUUUUAGCUCAGAAAAUCAUGGAUCAUAAUAAUAAUCAUAAUCAUAUCAAUGAAUAUGAGUUUUCUAAUUUAACUUCUUUACAGUUAACAAUGGAUCAUAGCACUUAUGUUAAAGAGGAAGUAGAGAGAAUUAAGAAAGAACAUCCUGAUGAUGUUUGUGCUGUGAUGAAUGAGAGAGUUAAAGGGUAUUUGAAAGUUACUAGAGCUUUUGGUGCAGGCUUUCUUAAACAGCCAAAGUGGAAUGAUGCAUUGCUUGAGAUGUUCAGAAUUAACUAUGUUGGAAGUUGUCCAUACAUAACAUGUUUACCAUCAGUUUAUCAUCACAGAUUGAGCUCAAGAGACAGAUUUUUGAUACUGUCUUCUGAUGGAUUAUACCAAUAUUUCACCAAUGAAGAAGCAGUUUCUGAAGUUGAAUUUUUCAUUGCUUCAUUUCCUGAUGGUGAUCCUGCUCAACAUUUGAUUCAAGAGGUCUUGUUUAGGGCUGCAAGGAAAGCUGGAAUGGAUUUUCACGAGUUGCUCGAUAUCCCACAAGGGGAACGCCGGCGAUACCACGAUGACAUAUCCAUCAUUGUUAUUUCUUUGGAGGGAAGAAUAUGGCGUUCGUCUGUGUAAAUACCAAAAAAAAAAAUUACAAACAAAAAUAUAGUGUAGAUACAAAGAAAAGUUGAACUUUUUUUUUUUGCUAGUUCAUCUCCAACUCCCUUGUUAUUUUUUUCCCUUGGAAGUUCUAGCAUUGUUCAUUUUAUACGAAUACAUCUUUGAUCGGUGUAAAGAGAAAUCAUAGUAUCGUUUUGUUAUAUACUCACAUUUUCAUUGUUUU